AUGGAGAUGCCCCCUAGUAAGCGUAUAAAACUAUCGGUGGAACCUUCUGUCCAAGAUGGCCUUCUUCGUAUUGGUGACGACGGGAAUCACGAGUACGAGUCGAAGGAUGCUUCAAGUUUCUCAGUUAAAGUUUUGAAAGUGGAUUUCAGUGGAGAUGGUGAGGCGCCUGAAACGGAAGAUACGGCACACGAAGCGGAUCAUGUUCUGACCAAAAUAUGUCUUUUUAUUACUAAAGCCAUCUAA